GUGUUCAUCUCAGGUUGAAAUGGGAGCACCCACCCAUGGAUAGGAAAACCACUUUUUUGUAAUAAACUGAAAGUGAUUUUUUGGACAGGUGUUGUUGGGUACAAGUGUAUCAAUCAAUACCUAAGUGGCCAUUUACUACUGUAUUGCAGAUGGAUGCUAUUCGGUGAUCAUUUAUGAAAGUGUCAAGGGUGCCAUAUCUGUGGUUUCAGUUUCGAAGUUGUGUUAUAAUCGUUCUCUGAGAUAUUUGCAUUUGUGUUGACAAGGGAAGAGUUACGAGGCAGGGAGUACUGUCUCAUCCUUUUAAAGAAAGUGAGUGCGCGAGUGAGGGGCGCCCGAGCGAUGACCUUGUAGCCAUGGAUGCCACAAGGGAGUUUACGUGGGGCGGCGGUGGGGGUGGAAAUAGCGCUGCUGGGGCGAGCGACCCUGCACGGGCGGUCCUGGUGGUGGGCGGGGGCGGCGUUCGCGGACGACUGCCUCAGCGGGGCGUCUACAGGGCGCUCUCGGGUGUCACUUUCCAACAUCUCGAUCUCUACGUAAGGCAGACGUCGUCAUGCCACGAUCCCGCGUUGCCGUCGGAGGACGACGAAGGUUUGGACUCCCUCGAGAGCCAGACUCACACCCUCACGCCCUCGCCCGACCUCGCCCAAAGAGGCCACGUGCAGGCCGACAACCCGCCGCAUGCAGAGGGUGGCUAUUUCAGCCUCGAACGAUGCCUGAGUGACGAAGACGCCGCGAACCUGCACGACUCACUGGAGAAUCUGAUGAUCCAGUACCAAUCCCCGGCCUCGAACGUGGGCCAUCCUCACUUCUCGGCGAACUAUCCUCAUCCCUACCAAGGGUACCAACACCCGCAGAAACCGCCGAGCCACGCCCACUUCGGACGUAUGCCCGCCUACGUCAACCCGUCCUUCCAGCACCAAGCGCCCUUCGUGAAUCCCCCGCCAUGCCACGACUAUCCUCCGGCAGACCCUAACUACCUGCCUGCCAGGACCUAUCCCCCGAGCAGCGGCCACUACAUUUCGGAGAGCGACUACGAGUCCAUGUACCACCAGAGGGACGGCUAUCCUGUGCUCGAGGACGUGUCUCGCGGGGGCGCGUACGAGCGGCAGGUAGGUGAUGUGUACCCCUCCCACGGGUCGUAUCAGCCCCCCGAGACCUUCCAGGCCAAGACGAACUACCUCUACCCCAAUUACUCCUCCGCGAGACACAGCGGCCCCCGGGAAUCCGAGGGAAAGGACGUGAGGAAAGCGAGUGUUCUGAGCGCCGAUUCCCUCGAAGACCUGCCUCAGAGCCCGACGUCACCCGUAUCCCCGCUGCCGCCGAUGGAGGGUCGUAAGAGUUCCUGCUAUAACGACUCCUUGGAAGAUGUCCGUCCAAGACUCGUCAGCGAAUUACGUGAAUUCUUUGAGCGGCAGAAGUCUGUCGCCAGUAACAGCAGUCCAGAGUCAGACAGUCUUCAAGAUCGUCGACCCGACGCGGAGAAGAAUUCUGGCAACACAGAGAGCGUCCAGCCAAAAGAGAAAAUGUCUGCAGAGGUCCAGGUUGAUAUUAGUUCGUCAGUCUCGAGCGACAAAACGGAAGAUGCGGACACUAACACAACCGAAGAGGAAACUGUGGAAACAACACAGGAAUCAUCAUCAGAGGACCCGACGAAGGAGUUAUUAGAGUCUCAGAAGGAGACGCCUCCCACGUCGAAUUUACGAUUAGGAGACGUGGCGUUCCUCAGGGCAACGCAAGACACACCGCAGACACUCCUAGCAUCUACAAGGCUCGUGCAGGCUACGCUAAAGCCUUCCCCCAAGGCCACUACCUUCUUUAUUAGUCUUGAAAGCAAAUUUAAGGUUCCCGAGUUUGAGGACACGAAGAAGGAAGAGGAACCCGAAAAGAAAGAAGAUGAAGAAAGUGUAGCAACCAGCUUUAGGGACAAUUCCUCGUACUCGUCGAGCGACAGCAAAGAAACCCAGUCGUCGCCAAACACGUACGAGGACGAGACAGACGAUCCUGCCGAUUACCAGGAGUCCCAGCUGAUCCUCCGUCACUUCGUCGCCGACUGGGAAAACGAGUCUCCGCCGAGCGACCACGAGUCGGACAUCGACGAGUUCUUCUUGGUGCUCGACUCUACCGGAGGCCAGGGCAACUUCAACUUCCCGUCAGACAGUUCCUCCGUGCUGUCCUCCGUCGGGAGCUCUCUUUCCGACCAGAAAUCAGACAAUCACUUCCAGGAACAGGACUCUUACGACGACGGCAACUUGGCCGACGUGGGAGAGCCCGACACCUCCAGCUCAGGUUUGAGUCCGGUGGCAGAGUCCACCAGCACCGAGAGUAAUUCUCCCACUCCGGCGCUUCCAGAACCUUCGGACGAGAAAGACGGCUUCCUUGACGCUGCUCCCCACAACGUUAUUGUCAAGCCUUUUUUAGGAUUAGGUAAGGGCAGUGCUCAAGAGUCUCAUGCGGGUUCUGCCCUGGGUACCGAAAACACAACUGUUGCUUAUCCUGACCCUCUCGGCGAAGAGGGGCACGAUAGCGACGAAUUUGAGACCGUCAUUGACACCGUAUUGUGUGACAGUGAUGACAGUUGCCAUGGUUCCUUCGAUGGCAACACUAACACAUUACUAACCCCAGAACUAACUAACCCGCCGCUGGCAGACGUCACCGAUGAGUCUGCUCCAGCGUCGACUCCGUCCAGUGAUAUCGAAGCUUCUUUCGAAACCGUGCGCAAUAUCGACGCUCGUUCAAAAUGUAGCCCGACGUCAGAUGCCAGCGAAAAAAGUAUAUGUGCUGGGAAAUAUGCGGAUAGAUUGACUUCGGAUCUAAUCAAGGCCGGCGCACCUGUUAUAAGAGGUAGCUGCAUAACCGGAAAUGAUCACAAUCAGAGUGCAGCAUUGUCCGGUCAGGGAGUCGCGGGCCCGAUGGAGCCUCAUUACGCAAAUUCGCGUGAUCCGCGUGAAAAUGAGGUCACAAGUGGCCGGAGCUCCGCCCCGGGUGAGGCAAGCGGCACAGAUGCUGACCCACACGCUACUACCGUCGCAGCCGCUCAGCUGGCAACUUGCACUUUCGAUUUCGCUGCAGAGGCCCAGCCUACCCCUGACCUUGAGGCACUGGCCACUUUGAUAGCGGAGCGGAUCAUGAGUGGCACCCUACCAUCGACCAGUGCCAGUCAGAGUGGGCCAGGAGGCACUACCGCUCACCUCGCGCCAGGAAUAUACUCAGCCACUCGUAGCUGUGACGACUUACUCGUGACGAGGUCAGUCACUGUCAGCACAUGUGAGGGUACGGACGGCACUCCACACUUGCCCCUUGAUACAACUUCGCCUCCUGUAGUAAACUUCGAUUCAUGCGAAAGUGAAAGUGACCAGCGUGCAGCGGCCAGCAUGAGCGGCGAGGUGUGUGACCUGCAGUGCGCGCAUGCCCUUAGUCAGGCGGAAAACUCAGUGAGUGAGACAUGCAGUGAAGAUACGAGUCUGGCGGCGGUGAACGAGAGUAAGGAGGGAAUGAGUGAGAAAGGGAACAACAAAUCGUGUGAAAUGCUUAGUCGUUCAAUGUAUCAGGAUGAACAUCACAUCAAAGAGUAUAGUGACAAAGUUGUGAAAGAAGCGAUAAAAGAUAUCUCUCGGCAAGUGUCUAAGACAUCCGAUAUAGGUGAUGAGAUCAUGACUGACACCGAGGAGGACUGUAGCCACAGGAGCGCCGAUCAGACAUUGGCGAAUUCCCACACAAAUCCUGUGAGUAAAUCCCUCACGACGACGCCCCAAUUCGAGGCUCCCAGACCGGUGUUCCCGAGGAAGGACUCCAAAGGCUCGACCUGCGAUUCCAACGAGAGUCGCAAAACAUCAUUUAGCUCCACGAUCACAACCCCCGAUGAUGAAUUCAUCGACGUGUCUCCUUCGGGGGAAACGCCCGUCAGGAGGUAUUCGAACUCCUCCGGAAUAUCGUCUUUAUCAGAGACGAGUGCCAGGAAGCUGUCGUUCUCGUCUUCGAUGUCAGACGACUGGGAAUGGUUCCCGGGAAGGAAGAAGAGCAUGCGGGGCCAGCCUCUCCACGAGUACAAAGCAGCGCCGACGUCGCCUACGGAGCUGGGGGAGAACGCUGACGUGCGAAAGAUGUCCGGCGCAAGCACGACAUCCAUGCAAAGUUCAGGGAUCAGCUCCAUGACCGGAUCUGCUUGUGAAUCUAGUCUGAGUGAAGGGCGAAAAUUCUCAGCAAGUUCUGGUGUUUCCUGCUUAUCAAAGAUUAAAGAGGAAACUAAGAUGAUCACUGAUGAGGAUUUAGCAAAAUUGGAGUCAUAUGAACAAGAUAAGGAAUUUUGUCACAACAUCACCCCCGACGGAAAACCUCUCACCCUCCCGCCACCAGUGUGGCCUCGAGGUGCCGUCAGACAGGAAGUCAGCGAGAGCAACAAGCAUCCCGGUCUUGUUGACCCUCAGAGCAUAAAUUAUCCAAACUCCAAGACGGAGAAUCUAGAGUUUCUCGUCAAGAGAGCUGAGAUCUUGAAAAACUCCAACAGCAGAACUCGCACAGAGCAGCAGAAGCUCGACCUCCCCCUGAUUUGCCCUUCGUCAUGUCCGCUCAGACGGAAGGAGUACAUGUCAAGUGAUGAUCUCGGUCACCUCCACCUGCACACCUCCGAGCAGACCGACAAGGAAAAGAGAAAGUCGCUAAAUUUUGUGCCUAAACUCAUCAAGCCAAAACCGCGAAGCUCCCUGCGCUCAAGGAGGCUCACUCUUCACACCUUCGAGAACAUAGCAGACCAGUGGAGGAAGCAAAAUGGCGCGAGCAACGAAGCCGCAGGGAAGAGCGAGUCCGCGGAGAUCCUGGACGAUAGCGAGCCUCCCGAAGGCAUGGAGAAGGAGGUGGAGUUCAGGCGUAAUUUGGUUCGCGAUCUCGAGAGACUGGAGGCCGAGAUCGACGCCGAGGUACUGGCGCUUGAAUCGGAGUCGGUGAAAGGCGGCAGUGACUCAUCCUCCAUCGCUGUCGUCUUCGACAGCAACGAGUCAGUAGCGUCAGGUAUAAGCUCUCUCUGCGGAAGACAGUCUGAAAUCGACAAUGCAGAAGAGACUUCCUCCAUUUACGAAGCAGACAGAGAGAUCGUAGAGUCUAAUAUUUCCCAUGCAGGUGCCUUCAGCGAGAGAAAAGCAAAGAAUAUGAGCCUGGCGUCUAAGGUCGACCGGGUCCUUCCACUCGAUCUGGACAGCGAUCUGAAUAAAUCGAGCAAUGAAGUAGUAAUCGAGUCUGGGAAAUUCACGCCGCAGUCAGACUCGAAGUCUCUCCCAAACCUGAUGGAAGUGGGAGAGGCAAAGAUUCUGGACGAUUCCACGCCUGAGCCCAGGGAACCCCAGGACCCCAAGAGGGAAAGCUUAAAGUCCUGCAGGAGCGCGGAAACGGUGCUGAGCGUCGAGGAAAUCGUCCCCUGCAGCAACUACGAGUUCAGCGAAGUUGCUUUCCCGUCGAUGAUCGGGUACGACGAGCUUGAAGAGCAGGAAGUCAUCGAGAAUUUCUCCGACGAAGACCUGGUGACCGACGCCGAGUUCGAGGCCUUUUCGGAGACGGAGCACGACACAGACAUGGACAACCUGAACCUGGACCUGUUCGAGCCCACGGCGGGAAACAAGGUGGACGGCAAGAUGCUCUCCAAGAGGCAGAGGAAGCUUAGAAAGCUGAAGAGGAAAUUCAGCUUCAACAGCAACGACAAGCAGCCGAAGGACAUUAAGGGCACCAUAUCGUCUUCCCUCAAGAGGAUCAAAGAUGCCAAGCACAAGAUCGGGCGGCUCGUCCAUAAGACUCUGAAGACGGAGGUCGCUCCUGCUGUCUCCUCGGUCGAAUCCCUCGAGGCGCUUGCGAGUUCUCAGGCGGCGAAUCUCCGCGCGACUCACCUGGAUUUUUCGAAUUUACAUUCCAAAGCCGCUCUGGAACGCAGCGACUCACAUUCCUCAAAAGCAUCAGGAAGUCAUCAUUCCGAAGCAACACAGGAGGGCACGGAAUCUAAAGCGUCCGACCCCACAUCGGGAGUGGCCCGAAGCGCCUCGAAAUCCUCCGAAGACAGCCACUUCCUCGGAAUAUGGGAGAGGCGGCAUCAGGACGGCCAGGAGUCGGCGUACUCCUGGUCCGACGCUGACAGUGACUUCGAGUACCUGGCGAUGGAGCCGCCCAAGACCGUGGUGGUGUACAAGGAGGGCUGUGGUGCUGACGCGCCCUCCAAAGCGGCCCCGAGUGCUCAUCAGCUCCCCGCGGACAACAAACAGCAGACGGCAGGAUCUGCAUCGCAAGAAGACCGCGAAGUCCGCCUGUGUCACCGGCCGAGCAACUCAGUGAGGUCAGACAAGGUCCCUCUGGCCACGUGGGAACCCUUCUUCUGCGUCCUCCUGCAGGAUGAGCACACCUUCACGUCCUACCGCUCCGAGGAGAUGGCCAUUAUCCCGGGCACGCCCAAUCGCCCUCGCGCCCACACCAUGAUUGGAGACUCGCUCUUCUAUGACCUCCCUCGAGUACGACUGGACGGGGGCGCGAGGGCGUUCCGGAGGCGCUGGGGCUAUGAGCUCACGCCCCCGCCCACCCUGGUGGAGGAGGAGAACGAGGACGACCCUUACGCUCUCCCCAACGACGACGGCGAUAACCUGAGCUACACAGAGACACGCUCGCUGAGGGAGGACUACCUCUUCCAUUCUUCUCAAGAUACAUCAUACGAGAAGGCGUGUGGGUCGGACAGGCGUGGGUCAGCCCCCGCCACGCCCAUCCUGGGGGCGCGGCCCACAGAUUCAACUCCAAACAGAUUGGUGAACUUCUUCAGUAAGAGGUCAUUCAAGAGUAACCCCCUGAAGAGGACCAAGUCUGUGACCAAGUUGGAGAGGACCAAGAGAGGAGGCCGAGGAGGGAUCAGCGGGAUGCUGGACUCGGACCCUCUGAGCCUGGGGCCCUCCAACACGCGGCUCCGGUCCUCCCGCUCUCACGAGUCCCUGCUCUCUAGUCACAAUAUGAUGCACACGCUAGACCUGGCAGCUGGUGAGGUGACUAUCAGACCCCUACACGCCAGCAUUCUUGGUCAGGAGCACUGUUUCCAGGUCACGUCCCCCACCGGCACUAGAUAUUUCAGCUGCAGAACGGCUGACGAGAGAGACCGAUGGGUGGACUCCCUCCGCAAGGCAGUCAAUCCGAAUUAUGACAAUGUGCGGAGAACAGAAAACUCCCUAAAAAUAUUUAUUCUGGAAGCGAAGGGAAUCGGCAGCAAGAAAAGGUACUUCUGUGAACUGCUUCUCGACAACGCACUCUAUGCACGUACAUCAAGCAAGCAAAAGAGUGAUAUGUGCUUUUGGGGAGAACAGUUUGAGUUCCACAGUCUACCCACAGUGGAGAACAUCAGCGUUGCUCUCUAUCGCGAAGGAGAGAAAAAGAGGAAGAAGGAAAAGAACGUGCUGGUGGGAACCGUGAAUAUCCCAGUGGCCAAUGUGAACAGCCGCUCACUCAUCGAAAAGUGGUACCAAGUACAAAACGACGCCAGGGCUCCCAGCAAGGACCAGGCAGCGCUAAGGAUUAAGUGCAAGUUCCAGUCAAUUGAUAUUCUACCCAUGGAGAUGUACUCUGAUUUUAUCCAGUAUGUGAAGGCCAACUAUGGAGUAAUCUGCGAAUUGCUGGAACCCGCCAUCAGUGUCAAGUCCAAGGAGGACAUAGCAACAGCCCUGGUCCACAUCAUGCAGAGGGAGGGCAUGGCACGCAACUUUCUGGCUGAUCUUGUUAUGAUGGAGAUUGAGAGAAUAGAUGACUCUCACCUACUUUUCCGUGGCAACUCUCUGGCCACAAAAGCUAUGGAAGCAUUCAUGAAGCUAGUGGGAGACAAGUAUUUGCAAGACACUCUUCGGCAGGUCAUCAACAAGGUUGUCGAAGAUGGACUCGACUGUGAGGUGGACCCUAUGAAGGUGCCUCAGAUUUCAUCCAUUCAGAAACAACAGGAAAACCUCAUGUAUGUCGUUCGCAUGACGUGGUCUCGCAUUCUCAACUCCCACCCUUACUUCCCCCUGGAACUGAGGGAAUGCUUCUGCCUGUACCGGGAAAAGUUGGCAUCCAUUGGUAAGCAGGGCCUCAGCGACAACCUGAUCUCUGCUUCCAUUUUCCUCCGUUUCCUGUGCCCAGCCAUCCUCUCCCCGUCGUUGUUCAACAUCACACAGGAGUACCCAGACGAGAGGGCUUCAAGGAACCUCACGCUCAUUGCCAAGACUUUGCAGACCCUUGCAAACUUUACCAAAUUCCAGGGUAAAGAGAAUUUCAUGGAGUUCAUGAACGAAUUUAUUGAGUUAGAGCAGGCACAGAUGAAGUCUUUCCUCAAGCAAAUUUCUAGUCCUGCCACCCACGACCACCGAGUGUUAGAAUACGAUAGAGAUAUUGACAUUGGGAAGGAGCUAUCAUCAUUGCAUACAUUCUUCAAUGAAGCACUGAGGAAGUUGGCAAGUAACACCUCAAAGAACAACAACAGCGUCUCGCAACAGAUGCACUUGGAUAAGCUGAAAGAGCUUCUAGAUGAAAUCUCAGUGGCUCAGACUCGGCCGAACAUCAACCUUGUGGGGCGGUUGUCAUCUCAGAAUAGUGUGGAGUCACCCGUGUCACCUACUACCAAUAUUGCUGACGCUGGCCGAAUGGAGGAUAAGCUUGGAUAUCAGAGCUUACAGAGAAACAUUUUCCGGUACAAUGACCCAACAGUUAGUGAAGAUUAUCGUCCAGUUGCUCCCCCUCCCAUAAGUCACAUUCAGCCGCCGCCUGAGACCCCAUCCACACCACGACCCUCCACGCUGCCAAGAAAUACAUACUUGAUGGGUUCGGCACGCAAGCCAGCUGUUGACUUGAAUACAGCUGAUGACUAUGUUCUUUUCUCAGCACUGGAACCUGAUGCUAAGCCGAGAGAGCCAAAUGCCAUUGGUCACAGCUACAGUUACAAUCAUCUUGCACCAGUUCCAGCACAGAACACCUCCCCAGUUCACACUAACCACAACCAUCACCACCACCACCACUUUCACAACCACGCUGCUUGGUUCAACAACAGACAGGUGUUCAAUGGGCACCCGCAAGUGAACGGGCAUGGCCAGGUUCAUCAGAAUGGCCAGAUUGGUCCAAAUGGAAAUCCAGAGGAAUCUCUAGAUAUGAGUCAUGAGGAGAAUGACAGAAAUUCUGCCGGUGAGACAGAGGCCAACAUGAAGGGUUCUCAGACCUCCAUCUCGCAACUGUCUAAUGUGGCAUCAUCAGGGUAUCAGAGUUUUGCUUAUAGUCAGUCAUCUAGCCCAGUGGACCCUUCAAUAACUCAUCAUGAUGCUGCUAAUAAUAAUAACGCAGCAGCAAAUAACAGUAGCAGCAGUAAUACUAGUGGUGGGAUCCAUGUAUCUCCCCACUUAACACCUCCACAAAUGUCAGCACCACUUGCCUUCAACAACCCCAUGUACCAUCUAAAUGCUGCAACUAGUUCCCCAAGACCCGUUCCCCACCGAGGUCCACGGAUGACCCACCUCCAUCACCAUCACCACCUUCACCAAACUUCACAGCAGCAGCAAAGUCCAGUUAGCUCCUCUCUCAGUUCGGCCCACAGCGUUGAGGACCUGCAGUCUGUGUCCACACUUGCUGCGGGGCUGGCACCUGGCCGAGGCCCCCAGCGGACCCAUUCUUCCUCCAGUGAAGACAGCACGUCCCUAGCGUGUACACCGCCUCUGGAGCACAGAGCCUUUAAGUCCGGUGCUCCUCGCACGAAUCCCCGCUGCUUGCCGCCAGGAUGGGGUCAGCCCCCUGUUGUUCCAGGGACAACCCCCGACCAUCACCACUCUACCUCAGACUUACUGGGAGGAGCACACUGUCGGAGAACCAAGAUGACACGCCGGCAGUCAGCAGAGGUUGGCAGCGGACGGCGACAUCGAUACCAGUACGAUAGCGAUUCCUCAAGUGACGAACAGCAUCCACCUCCCGCGCGAGUACGCCCGACGCGUGUCAAUCACAGAGUGUCAGAAACGAAAACCCUUGAAGAGUAUGAGCAAGAAAUUCUUGCAUUGCGAACGGCCAUGGAAGAAAUGCAUCACAAAUUAGUUGCUGCCGAUGAACACAUACACACCCGUCCUGAGGCUUCUGCCCCAGAUGUCGUUCCGUCAGGUGUCCCUCACGAACCAGUCCCUCAUCACCACUCAAACAGUCACCUUAAUAGCAGUCCUCAGAGUCAAUCCUCGGCUCAUCACCAACAUGGCCGUCACAACAACCAAAAUCCUCUCUACUCGCACUCGCAGCAGAGAGCAGAUCCAGAGAUAGAGGGUGCUCACAUGAGGGACUUGUUGCAAAAGCUUCAGGAACAGUUUCGGAUAGAACAGUUGAAACUAUCAGAACAACUGGAAGAGAAAGACGCUGUAAUCCAAGCCCAGGAAGAUCGGAUCAAUGCCUUGGAUCGAACCAACACCCAAUUGCUCAUGGCGCUUGAGCACAUCAGGGAGUUGUAAGUCGUCCCACAUCGCAGAGUUUGCAAGACUUCAUUACUCACCCGAAACUGGGCCAAGAAAAUCUCCUGAAGCAUAUGCCUCAGGAAGGUAGUCAGCUGUCUGACACAAGUGAUUACAAGAGCAGCUCUUGUUGAACAUCAAGCUAGGAUGGAACAAAAAAUAUAUAUAUGUAUUCAGUGACACUGAGUUAGAAGAAGCUUUAUUUAAGGGCUAUUGUAAACAGUGGACUCCUAUUUUUCAUAUCAAAAAGAAUUAUUGCUUAAUCAUAGAUACCACCAGUAUUUAUCAUGGUAAUGCUGUAUAUGAUGAAAUGCUGAUACUGGUAUAUACUUGUAACACAUUUUUGUAUCAGCGUAUUGCUGAUACGGAGUAAUGGCAAAAUAUUCUCCUUUAUAAGUGUUAUCCCCUCCCCCCUUUCUUCCUUAUGCCCUCCCCUCCCCUCCCCUGCCCUUUCCAUAUCACAUGCUGCCUGGAAUUAGUAUGCUGUGUGGCCCUUUCUCUAGUUCGUUUCUCAAACCCUGUGCAUCAUCUAGUUUCUUAGCCUAUGUAGGGAAAAAAGUCAGUAAGAUAAGCUGAUCAGAUACUGUUUAUAUGUUGAAGAGAAAAGAAGUUAUAGAGCCUCUCAUACAUUUUUUUCUUUCUUUUUAAUAAAGGCUUGGAUUGCACUCAUGAUAUAAGCCUAAGUCAAAUACCAUGCAAGGUUCAUCAUGGCUUAUCAUGUUUAUGUAAAUUUGGCUUUUUAAUGAGGUGAUCAUUAAGAAGAGUAUGAUAUUUUGUCUUGUUUUGUAUCAAAGUUACCAAAUGCCAUAGCCAAUGCUGCCUUACUGUUGGUAUUAUUGUUUAGAGGGAAAAUAAUCGCAGAGAAUGGCACCAAAGAUUGACGUUUUCCCCCACAUUUCAGUUUUUAUCAUUUUUUAUUUUUAGUAUUUUAAAGUUUUAUUUCCCCCUCCCCCCUUCUUAGACAGUUCAAUUUUUCCACUUACCUAAAGUUGUUAUGGUAAGAUGGACUAACUCAGCACAGAAAUGAGACUUUUUUAUGAAGUGUUAUUAGCAACGUAAAAGCAAACAAACAAUGUCAAGUAACAGUAAUAUCUGUGUUUACCUAUAUAUAUAUAUUUUAAACUGUAUCAUAAUUUUUUUUCUCUCUGAUCCAUUCUUUGUGGUUAUCCAGUUACUGCCUUGCACACCAUUUUCCUGUGCACAAGAAUAUUGCAAGGCUGUAAGAACAACCUGACAGUUGACCUAUCAACUAGAGCACCUCAUUUCUUUGUAUGUUUUUUUUUUCUCUUAUUCUCCUUUUUUAAUCUAUACUUUAUAUGAAUAUAAUCAUUGCCUCAUUCUGAGAGGCAUCUCUAACCAAAGAUUCACAUUUAUAUGUUUGAAUAUAGAUAUAUAAUUUUUAUUGCUUGCAGUUCAACUAUUUACAUUAAAGGGCUUUAAAGACAAAGAUCAAAUGGAAAAAAUGCCGUUGACAAGGUAACAGCUUGUGUCAGAAUGGCGAACCUUGAAAAAGUGAAAACAUAAUGAAGUGAUUAAAGGAAUGGUGAUAAGUACUUGUACAUCAUUACCUGUCUGGGUUGCGUCACGGCAUAGUACUGAUUAUGCAUUUGCCCAUUCCAAAAGCUCUGAUAGCCUGUUUCUUUCGUGUAUAUGGCAGAUGUACUGUAUUUGUUUCAGAGUGUAUUUAUUUGAUUUAGUUUAUAUUGAGUCACAGCUACUCAAUUCUUUAGAUGUAUAUAAUGUAAAUUUUUAUAAAUUAUGUACACUGUUUGGUACCUGUUUCAUCAUGAUCCUCGUGCACAUCCGUUAUGUUGUCCCGUUUAGACAUGACUAGGUUAUCCAUGUAAAUAAAAAGGUGUGAAAAAAAUAUAAAUUUAUGUGCUGAA